AUGAGGAAAAAUACAUUCCAAGCUGAUAUUGUUAAAAAAGGCUCACCAAUAUGCUGUGUAUGCGGUGAAGCAAUACCUAUUGGAGAUAUAAGAAUCAAAGUUCAAGGAUACCAUAUAUUGCACUUAUACCACUUUAAAUGCUACACCCCAAAGGUAAAGCAGUAUAUUUGUAAAAAUGAUGUAAAAAAUCGCUUGGACUCAGCAAAUGCUGAAAUUCUCAAUAAUUGGAUUGAUGAAUGAAACCAAGAUUAUGUCCCACUUGAUAAACCUUUUCGGGAACCGCCACAAUUUUCUAAACUUGUGGAAUCUAGUCCCUCUAGAUACAGAAGAGCCUGGCUGGAGAUUUUCAAAUUCCUUGACGCAAUAGAGGUUUUCAAAUCUUACUCUUAUGUCAACAAGGAAUUCUACCACAUAUCAUGAGAUCAAGAAUUGUGGCACUUUUACUGCGUCAGAGAUUAUGCUGAUGUUGCACUAUAUGAUCAGGAAAAAAAUUAUCGCUCACAAUACGUAAUCAUAUACAUGGAGUCAUGCUUUUGAUGCCAUACGCGCCAAACUGAAGAAAACUUCAAAAGGUGCCCAUUAAUUAAAAAACCAAUUUGCGAUAGCUGCAAAAAACUUGAGAGGUUUAGCUGUAUGUGUAAAAAAGAUAUUCAGGCUAGAUACGGUAUAAAUCCUAACAUUUUACAGCUUAAUUUUGGUGAAGGAGGCUGAGGGACUAAAGUUGUCUAUAGAUAUAUGGCUGAAGAAGCAAUAGAGUCAUUUAGAAAACGAAAUAAAGAUUUUUUGCUUGGAUUUAUGAAGGAAAAUAACUCAGACCCAACUCUGAUUGAAUUUCUUGAAAAAAACGAUAUAAAAAAUAUGCCAUCCUGGGAUCUAAAUGAAAAUGUUGUGGAAUCCACAGAUCCAAUUUACCGACUGAUAUACCAAUAUGUGAAAGACAAAGUAAAUGAAAAGAGACUUCUAAGCAAAUUGAGAGCUCAUAAAUAG